UUUUACGAAAUAUCACGUUUAAGCCUCAGUUCUCUUUUAUCUAUCAGUUAUUUAACGUAGAGAAAUAAAACGACCAGAAUGGCACUUUCUAAACCUACAAAUUUAAUUCUUCAACUUACCAGUGCUUAUUUUGAACGUCUUUAUACUAGUCCGGUAAAAACUAAAGCAAUCACUAGUUGUAUCAUCGCCACUCUCGGAAAUUUUAUAUCGCAAAAAAUUUCGGGUGUAAAACGCAUUAACGAAGACAGUUUACUCGCAUUUGCUCUCUUUGGACUAUUAUUUGGAGGUCCUCUUCCACACUAUUUUUAUACUUACAUACAACCAUUUGUAAGAAAUCCUUUAAUUCUUUUAUUGAUAGAAAGAUGUUUGUAUACACCAUGUUAUCAAGCAUUAGCAUUGCACAUGCUAUCUCUGUUUGAGGGUAAUAGUCAUAAUGAUGCUUGGAAACAAAUGAAAAAAUUGUACUGGCCAGUGCUCAUGGCAAAUUUAAAAUAUUUAACAUUGUUACAGUAUAUUAACUUAAAAUAUGUUCCACCAGUGCUGCGUGUUCUUAUGGUAAACCUUAUUGGUUUCUUUUGGGCUAUAUAUCUUGCACAACAGCGGACUAAACAUUCAAAAGCCAGUGGUGGAAGAAAAUAA